AUGGCGGCUAUAGUCAAAGAAUUGCAAAAUCAAAAAUGGAGGUCAGCCCUAAUUGGCUAUGUAAUUGGGGGUAAUCCUUCAUUUAAAGAUAUGCUCAAAUUUGUCUAUGGGGUAUGGAAUACUGUCACAACUCCGCAGGUUUAUCUCCAUGAUGAAGGCUACUUCAUAUUUAGAUUUGAUGAUGAAGAAGACAAAUUGAAGAUUAUGCAGAAUGGGCCUUAUACUUACAACAAUAGGCCUAUGAUUUUGAAACAAUGGGUACCAUACUUCAAACUAGCUGAAGAACCACUGAAUGCAAUACCAGUAUGGAUAGUGUUUCCAAACUUACCCAUCCAGUAUUGGGCGAUAGAAAAUCUGGGACGAAUAGCUAGUUGUUUGGGGAAACCAAUAUGUACUGAUAAGCUCACAGCAAAAGAAGAAAGAAUCUCCUAUGCUAGGAUACUCAUUGAAAUGGAUGUGGCUCAGCCCCUUCUUGAAUCAGUAACACUAGAGGAGCCUGAUGGUAGCUGCAUUUUGCAAUCGAUUGAGUAUGAGUGGAAACCAGAAUAUUGCCAGGAAUGCUUGCAGAUUGGAAUAAAUGAUCAGCAACAACCAAGGAGACAACAGAAGAAAGCCAAACAACAACAAUGGAAGGCCAAGCCUAGUGCAGGACCACCUGCUGAAGCUGCUGAAAAGGCAAAUGAAGGACCAAAGGAAAACCAUAAGGUGGUGAAUCUUAUGGAGGAGAGUCAGGAAAUUCAAAGAUGCAAUAACAGAGACAAACAGAAGAUGGAAUAA